GUUUCGACCUAACGGGAAGUGGGAGCAGUGAGAGCGCGCUCUUCUAGUGUAGUACUGUAUCUGGUGAUCUUGGAAAGGAAGCCAUAUCGGGUACUCAAUAACGAUCAACAAUCUCGCCAACCAUGUUAGUGACAUUCUUACGAAAUUUUACGAAUAAAGUAUCGAUCCGUUUUAUUCGUAUCGAAAUAUUAUCGAACGGUUGCAAAUCGUUCUCUUCGAUGGCAAAAGCUCACGAUGCAGAGGAACAAAAAAUUAACGUCAACGGGGUUGAUAUCAAUUACCUGAGGGUCGGAACCGGUAAUCAUCCCGUGUUACUUCUACCCGGUGCCUUGGGCUCAAUUUGGACAGACUUCAAGCCUCAAAUAGAGGGUCUCGACCGAGGAAAGUUCACCGUGGUCGCGUGGGACCCGCUCGGCUGUGGAAAGUCCAGACCACCGGAUAGAACGUUCCCGGACGAUUUCUUUCAGCGCGACGCCGCUCAUGCUUGUAAUUUAAUGAAACUUUUGGGCUACCCACGUUUCUCGCUGGUAGGAUGGAGCGACGGCGGUAUUACAUCGUUGAUGCUCGCCGCGAUGUUUCCCGAGAACGUUCAAAAAAUGGUGUCCGUUGCAGCGAAUGCCUAUGUUACACCGGAAGAACUUGAAAUUUAUCAGAAAUACAGAAAUGUGGACACUUGGUCGGAGAAGAUGCGAGCACCGAUGAUAGCGAUCUACGGGGAGGAAUACUUUCGGAAGACCUGGUCCGAUUGGGUCGAGGCGUUUUCACGGAUUUCGAAAAAACAGAACGGUGAUCUGUGCAGGGACAUGCUCCCAAAGAUCCAAUGUCCGACACUGAUCGUUCAAGGAUCGAAAGAUCCGAUGGUUGUCGCCGAGCAUCCACUCUAUUUGCAGAAACACAUAACCGGGGCAAAGUUGAAAAUCUUCGAGAACGGUGCUCACAAUCUACACUUACGGUAUCCCAAAGAAUUCAACGAUCUGGUUACCGAAUUUUUAAUCGAAUAAUCGCCGACUAUAACAAAACAUACCCGUACGCAUUGGUUCGUACUGUGAAUUCUAUGUAUAUACGUGUAUAGUUUCGUACAGGAAUUCGACAUACCUUUGUCGACUGUAUCAAAGUGUCGCGCAUUGUAUAAAAACAUUUAUAUUGUAAUAUACGUUUCCAAUACUCCGAAUGACAGUUCCUAAUCGGGUGCUUGUUACCGAGUAUUUGAAUAAUAUUUGUUUUACGGCAAGGCACACUAAAUGCAUGAGGGGGCAUUGUGGACGCACGUGGGUUAAACCGGCACCAGAACCGAGCUGGGCGAAAGGAGUUACGACCAUGUGUGGGCGACCAAGUCCUUUCGUGGAUCCGUUUUCUU